AUGCAGGACGAAAAAGAUGCCAAGUUCCUGUGCUCAUUCCUUCCGGCAGAGCAAGGAGGGGGGAAAAGCAGCUGCUCUUGGGCAAGAGCCCUUUUCACUUUUCUCCAGACUCCUCUCUUGUCCCUUUGUUGCUCGACUGACAUGGAGAAGCUCGUGCACCUCAUCUUCUUGGUCUUCUUGUCAGCAUCCUGUGCUGCAGAGAACGUCACUGUGGUGUAUGGAAUGGAGGGGGGCACCAUUUCUGUCAACUGCACCUAUAACCCCUGGCAGCAGCGGUGGAGAGAAAAGAGCUGGUGCAAGCAGAUCGAUGAGACCAAGUGCCAACAUGUGGUGAGCGCCCGACGCUUCUGGCUGCCAUUCCUAAAGAACAGGAAUGGCACCACCUCCAUCAGUGACAAUGUCCGUGAAGGGGUCCUGACAGUGACCAUGAAGCGACUCAAGAAGCAGGAUGCUGGGUUGUACCAGUGCAAAACUGACUACCUGGGGGAAACAAACAGCUUAAGGAAGGUGCAAGUGGAAGUGCUGACAGCUGUCCUGGAGACCCAAAUACCAGAGGAGCCUAGUGCUGUGCAGAGCAUCUCCAGCAUCCCUCCUGAAGCUGAUUUCACUGUCUUCUACAUCAUUGCUGGAUUCCUGGUUACUAAGUUCGUGGUGGCUGUGCUGAUCUUUAUAAUUGGCAACAGUAGGAAGAACAGAGAAACAGAGCAGAAGAACCCAAGCUUGAAUGAGCAGCAGGUCCUCCCUUUCGCUGGUCACCUCGCACAUGAUGGCAUCAGCCCCUCCUGGGAGAGCACUGCCUAG